AUGAAAGAAAUUAGUGGUCCUCACAGAAAUAGUGUGAAAUUUUGGAAAGUUAAUGUCGAUGAGAAAAGGAUUAAAGAUGAUAAUAUUUCUACCGAAGAUGAUAUUGUGCGAAAACUUAGCGGGAAAGAAAUGAAAGAUCAAGCCUUAUUUAGUCCUUCGCGAGGCGUCCCAGAAGACGCGGUUGAUUGGAGUGAUGUUGAUUCAGUUUAUAACUGGAUAAAAGAGUUAAAACGACCCAAUAAGAAUCUGAAGCCCAAGCUUGUAAGUUCCUUUGGUGCCGAAUUUCCUUUACAAGGGCGAGAUGAAACAUUUAAAGUAUUACUUAAUGGCAGUGAAGUUGAAUCGCGAAAUGGAAUCUGCCAAAGAUUUGGUUUUAGCAAGAACAAUAUAUAUGACAAACAAGAACACCAAAUUCCCAUCCUGGCUAAUGGGCCAGGCACUGGUAAAAGUCGAUUUCUCCAAGAACUUCCAACUUUAAUAGAAAACCAAGCUCGAGAAUAUGUUGAUAAAGAUAACAAUGAAUUUCUGGAUGUAUUUGAUAAUAGAAAAGUAUUAUCUAUUAAUGUCACCUUUAACACUUGUACUAGUGCAUCAGAGAGAGAUACUUCUGCUGGUCCAGCAUCAGUUGCACUACGAAUACUUUACGAACAUUUUCUUUCUGGUGGGACGAUGGGCUAUGAUCAUUUUUUUUCGAUGUGUAAUAAAAACUGGCGUGAGUUCACAAUUUCAAAUGCACUUGGAGUUGUUAUCAAAGAUACUGGUAAUGAUAUUAAUUUUGUCAUCCUUGGAAUCGAUGAGUUGAAUUGUCUCCACAGUUUAGCAAAAGGUGAUUUAAAUCCAGUUCAAGAAAUCGUACGUGCUGUUGGGGCGUUAAGUAGCAGUCAAGGCAAUAUAUUCUAUGCACCAAUCUUGGCUGGAACCAUUCAAGGUCCUCUCGAGAAUAUGAUUAAAGAAUCGACAUAUGAUCUUUUACGUCUACCACUCCGUCUUCUUUCAGAUAGUGAAGUAGAGAAUAUUACCUCAUAUAUGAAAGGAAAACUAGGAGGCUAUAUUAAUCACAACAAAACCUUUCAACGCUUCAUUAGCGAUAUCGGUGGACAAGUCCGAGCUUUGGAAAUUUUUUAUAAAGAAUUAUUAAAUGCAAUUAAAAUGAAUACACAUAAAAUUGAUUAUAAGUUUGUUUUUCAGCUUGUUAAUUACCGCCUUAUGAAAAAAUAUCCAUUUGAUGGCUUUGCAACCAUUAUGAAACCAGUGGUUGCACAUGCCAUCCUUAACAUUCCCGUUGAUGAGACUGACAAAUUUAAAAUUGGUAAUGAUAAAUUCUCUUAUGUUGAUCUCUCGUCAAAAGGCAUUAUAAAUUUGGAAGCGACACGUGAUAAUCCUAGGAUGUCCUAUGUCCGUAUGCCAUAUAUAUGGGUAUGGAUAACAACCUCAACUAAGGAAUUCAAAGCGGGUCAAUUUUGGGAUGUUAUGAUUGAUCAAAAUUCUCAUAUCUUGUGGCAGAGCUUUGAAGAAUUUAAUAUGCGAUUUUGGGUCCUACGUCUUCAACUUCUUAAAGAGUUAGAUGAAACAGUAGCAUUACGAGAUCUUUUCAAAGGUGCAUAUUAUAGUGAUCAAGGAAUCCCUCUUUUGGAUUAUAAAUUUCAGCUCCCUACAAUAGAAAAAUAUUACUUAGAACUUGCACAUCAAUAUCCUGACACAAUGCAAAAUGAGCACUUAUUGCUUGGUACAGUAUUUAAGAAUGGCGAUGGAGUCCCAUGGGAUAUCUUUUUUUUUCUGGAUGAUUACCUUAUUGCCAUUCAGGUUAAAUCUUCAAAUGCCACAGCUGGACAGCCCCAAACCUUAUCUAAGGAGAUAGUGAAAAGAGAGUACAACAAAGUUAAGAAGAAUGCAUUUAAAGUUAUGGAGAAAUCAUUUGAGAGCGAAAGGCCCAUUAAGCAUUGGAUCCUUUUUAUCUGCACAAAUGGAUCUAAGACAAGAAAUUGUUUGGAAUCUUUAGAAGAAAAUUGUUUCGUAAUUGAUCGUGAAAAAUAUAAGGACUUUUACGGGUAUACGUUUUCGACCCGUGCUGAAUUUUCUGCAGAUGACGACCAAUUGGAUGCAAAUACUGCAGAGGAAUACGAAUUAAGAACAGUUAGAGGAAUAGGAAAGUCAAUUGCAUCUGAAAUCAAGAAAAAAAGACCAUUUGAGGAUGAAAAUGAUCUAUAUAAUAAGGUUAAAAACAUCCCUAUAGAGGCAAGAAAAAAAUCAAGGUUAUGA